AAGCGCGUAGUUUUUGUGUUGGUCACGUAAUAUCGAUAGCUUCACUAGUUCUGACUUUGUUAUAAAUGGCGGAAAAAAAACUUGAUUCUCUUCUUGGAGAAGACACACAGAAACUUCUUAACAAUUUAAUUACCAACUCCUCCCACGAAAUUGAACUUCUCUUAAUUCAAAACUUAACAACUAUUUAUCAUAAUUUUUAUAUGCAUCUGUGUUAAUUUUGAUAUCUUAGAAGUAAGCCAGCCAUUAAUGGCGAUUUCAUCAGAAGGACACUCCAGUUUUGGGACUCAAGCUAAUGCUCUUCUUCUUAAGAACCUUACCUUCCAGAAACGUAAUUACAAGACGAAUCUGAGGCUUGUUGCAUUCCCGUUCGUUCUAUGUUUGCUUCUUGUUCUCAUCCAAGUUCUCGUAGACAUAGAACUAAAUAAAGAUAAGUUCAAGUGUGGUUGUAUAUGUAUUGACAGAGGAGAUGGUACCUGUGAAAAUGUGUGUGGGAUUCAGUACUCUUCUUUGACGCAAGUUGCUAGUUGUCCAAUACCCAAUCUUCCGGAGUGGCCUGCGUUGUUGCAAGUACCACGGCCGGAAUUUCGUGCUGUGAGGAAUGAUCUUACUCCAUUUUCAGACUUGCCUCCUGAAUCAUGCAGAAGAACAGGUUCAUGUAAACCAGUUUUUCUUGUAACUGGGCUUAAUCGAACUCUUGGACUAAGUUUGGGGGAGAACUUCUACACUGGUGUUUCCAAUUCAAAUGGUACUGACGUUUUGGAUACUCUAGCCAACAGUCUUGCGGGGUCAGACACAUACACUGAAGGUUCCAACUUUUUUGAACCUGCAUUCUUCUCUCAACGUCCACUGUACAUAUUUCAAGCUAGUUGCGCAAACUUCUCUACAGAAAGUCUUUCUAUUAAUAUAUCUUCCAUUCCAAUGCCACAGGAGGUAAGAUGUGUAGAAGGUUCGAAUCUAUGGCGUAAUAGUUCUUCGUCAGUAAAUGAUGAGUUGUACAAGGGCUACCGGCAAUCAAAUCCAGAAAGGAAGAUUAAUGAGAUUGUUGCAGCCUAUGAUUUCUUAAACUCAAAUGAUAAUAUCUUCAAUGUGAGCAUCUGGUAUAACUCCACAUAUUCAAAUGCCUCUGGUGGAAGCGUAGAUGGAAUGACGCGUGUUCUACGCUCUGUAAAUCUGGCUUCCAAUGCUUAUCUUCAGCACUUGAAAGGAGCUGGUGUAAAAAUGCUGCUAGAUUUUGUGAAAGAAAUGCCAAAACAAGGAUCCAAGCUGACAGUGGAUUUCUCUUCUCUUCUUGGUGCACUCUUCUUUUCGUGGGUUGUAUUGCAACUUUUCCCUGUUGUAUUGACCUCUCUGGUUUAUGAGAAACAACAAAAUCUAAGAAUCAUGAUGAAAAUGCAUGGACUCGGCGAUGGUCCUUACUGGGUGAUUUCGUACAUGUAUUUCCUUUUGCUAUCAGUGGUCUACAUGACGUGUUUUGUGGCAUUCGGCUCUCUUAUACGGUUGAAAUUCUUCACAUUGAAUGACUACAGCAUACAAUUCGUGUUCUAUUUCAUCUAUGUAAACUUACAGAUUUCAGUAGCUUUUCUAGUUGCAACAAUUUUUGCAAAUGUUAAGACUGCUGCAGUAAUAGGUCAUAUCUGUGUUUUCGGAUCGGGGCUCUUAGGAGGUUAUCUGUUUCAAUUUUUCGUGGAGGACGAUUCCUUUCCAAGAGGAUGGAUUAUUGUUUUGGAGAUUUUUCCUGGCUUUGCUCUCUAUCGCGGGUUGUAUGAAUUUUCCCAGUAUGCACUCACUGGUAAUACAAUGGGAAUUGAUGGGAUGCGUUGGAAAGAUUUGAGUGAUGGCACAAAUGGGAUGAAAGAAGUGUUAAUUAUCAUGCUCGUGGAGUGGUUGAUAGUGCUUUGUUUUGCAUUUUAUUUGGAUCAAGUUGCGUCUUCGUGUAGUGGAGUUAAAAAACACCCUCUCUAUUUUCUGAAGAACUGGAACAAAAAGCGUUCAUCGUCAUUUCGAAGGACAAGUCUGCAGAGGCAGGAUUCAAAAGUUUUUGUUGAAGUAGACAAACCUGAUGUUUCCCAGGAGAGGGAGAAGGUUGAGCAAUUAUUGCUAGAUCCCCAAGCAAGUCAUGCAAUUGUCGUUGAUAACAUCAAAAAGGUUUAUCCAGGGACAGAUGGAAAUCCUGAUAAGGCUGCCGUUAGAGGGUUGUCUCUUGCUUUGCCUCGAGGGGAAUGUUUCGGAAUGCUUGGUCCUAAUGGUGCCGGUAAAACCUCUUUCAUCAGUAUGAUGAUUGGGCUAACAACACCAACCUCUGGCAUGGCAUUAGUUGAGGGCUUGGACAUACGAACUGACAUGGAUAAGAUAUAUACCAGCAUGGGUGUAUGCCCUCAGCAUGACUUGCUUUGGGAGAUUCUAACAGGUAGAGAGCACCUUAUGUUUUAUGGAAGACUGAAGAACCUCAAGGGUGCUGCUUUGACACAAGCUGUGGAAGAAUCUCUGAAGAGUGUAAACCUAUUUCAUGGAGGUGUGGGUGAUAAACAAGCUGGAAAAUACAGUGGUGGAAUGAAGAGGCGGCUUAGUGUUGCAAUUUCUCUAAUUGGUGACCCUAAAGUUGUAUAUAUGGAUGAGCCUAGUACCGGACUGGAUCCAGCUUCAAGAAACAAUCUGUGGAAUGUAGUUAAACGUGCAAAGGAAAACCGCGCUAUUAUUCUCACUACUCAUUCCAUGGAAGAGGCAGAGGUACUAUGUGACCGAUUGGGGAUAUUCGUGGAUGGAAGCUUACAGUGCGUGGGAAAUCCCAAGGAGUUAAAAGGAAGAUAUGGAGGAUCGUAUGUGUUUACAAUGACGACAUCGUCUAAUCUGGAUGAAGAGGAAGUGGAGAACUUAGUCCGUCGACUCUCUCCAAAUGCAAACAAAAUUUAUAAUAUAUCCGGAACCCAGAAAUUUGAACUACCCAAGCAGGAGGUCAGAAUUACAGAUGUUUUUGCGGCAGUUGAAAAUGCAAAGAGAAAAUUCACGAUAAAUGCUUGGGGUCUGGCUGAUACGACUUUAGAAGACGUUUUCAUUAAGGUCGCUCGGGGUGCUCAAGCAUUCCAAACACUAUCUUGAUAUACUCUUGAUCAACUCCCUUGUACUAGUAAUUCUUUUUCCUAUCUCCUAUUGAUAUACCGACCUACAUAAUCCACAAGUUGACUUUUUUAUUGCUAUUGGACGCUGUCCAGUAUGUAUGUUCUUGUAAAACUUCACAUAUUUUUCAUAUCUUUGAUGUACUCUUGCCAAAUAUAUACAUAUACGAAGUUAAUAUUUCGGUUUGUUGCA